AGGGUGUCGGUUAGGUCGUACUGCGUUUGGUUGGCGACAUCGAGUGGAUGUGGGCGGAGUAUCGAUCGACGCGCGGGCAUGCGCGAGCGUGCCGCGGACGGCGCAGACAGUAAACAGAGCGCACGCUGACGCUCGUCAAAGGUGGUGCCCCGGGAUGCCAACGCAGCUGGUGUUGGCGCUGCUCGCGGCCUCAGCGGCGAGCACCCUUGCCCGGCCUCCAGAGCCCACGCCGUCUCGAGUGGUGGCGCUGGAGCCUCCACCGCGGGGUCCGCUCCGGCAGCGCGUCCCCAUUCCAGAGUCGCGGGAGUACCUGUUACCGAGGUUCCUGCUGCCACACUUUCUAGGCUACGAUGACAGUCCCCGGAUGCCUCCGCCGCCACAGCGAACUUUACCCGACCACGAUUGGCUGAAUAAGGAAAUUGAUCGCAUCAAUCAGAUGUCAGGUGAAAGUGAAUCGAUCAUGAGGCCAUACGACGACGAUUUGGCCCACUGGAUUGCCCGCGACCCUUAUGUGCAGCGUAUGUUCGAAAAUCCCGUGAAAACGGCUCCUAGCCACAAAUUUGUUCUAGAGUCUAUGAACGAAGCAGAUGAAACCAGAGAGAGACCACGUCUAAUGCUGGCUCCCUCUAUUCAUGGAAUAAAAGGCCUAAGCAAACGCCCCGAGAAACCGGCCAGUGAUGAUAGGAAAUCAUUUGCACUCACGCCUCUCGAUAAAGGCUAUUUUGAACCUGACCUGAAUGAGAAAAACCAACAAGAUGUCAUAGUGGAUACACCCAGUAUCGAGGAACCUUUGGCAGCUAUGGUUAAGGAGCCACCUCGCCAAACUCGGCAAAAUCCCAAUCUCAGUCGUACCAAAACUCUUGUCACCGAAAACAUAGACAAACUAAGAAGCGGACUGGCUAAUAAGGACUACCGAUUACCUGUCUCCUUACUGCCAACUAACCUGGGCUGGUUGAAAAUUAAUUCUGUUGAGGAUGAGGAGAGCAACGGCCACGAAGACGGUUUGAUGGCAGAGAAGGGUAGAGAGCACAUUCACGUGCUGGAGGCUUCCAAUAACGACCCCAUAGACCCGCUGUUGUUUGCUGCCGUAGGCGGGGCUAUUGCGGCAGCUGUUAGCCUUACCAUCUUCGGAUUCACCUUCGCGUGGUAUACGUUGGCAAAAAAAGCGAAGGCUGCAGCUGACGUGGACUACCCGGCUUACGGAGUGACAGGACCCACGGUAGACUCUACGGGCGACAGGAAACUUGCACACUCAGCGCACAUGUACCAUUAUCAGCACCAGAAGCAGCAAAUCAUUGCGAUGGAAAAUAGGAUAGAUCUGGAGCAGCGCCUGGGCUCAGUGUCGGAGCCCGAGUCGGAGGAGGAGAAUGAGGAAGGUGACUACACCGUGUACGAGUGUCCCGGUUUCGCCACGACUGGUGACAUGGAGGUGAAGAAUCCGUUGUUCUCCGACGACCCCACUCCGGCCACUCCUGGCAAGUGCGAAGUGGUGAAACCCCAACCCAAGGACUAACUGCAUACCAAAAACUCUUCCUUCUACGGCUUAGACUUCUUCCUUAAUUCAUUAGGGAUCUCCAAUAACAUGGUUAGUCCUCUUUUAGUUAGAAUUUCAUUUAUUUCGAGUACUUGUUAGAUAAGUAUUGAAUUACGCUUCUGAUGGAUGCGAGCGUGUCGUUCUGCGUCCUUAAUAUGUCAAUAGUGACUUCCAUGUUUGUUUUUGGGCAGUGGUUGAAAACAAUCUUACUUAAAAUAUUAUGCACGAAAAUACUAAGUUACAAAAAAUACAUUGUUAUGUUGUACAAAUUGGCUUUCAAGGCUUAAUAAUAAAAUCAAACCUCAAUUCUUAAAGACUAACCCAUGUGUCAGUUUAAUGUCUACUAAUUAUUAAAAUAUAACACACUUUAUGUACCUACCUAAUCAGUAAAGUUAUCACAUAUCUUCUAUUUACAAAGGUAUAAUACCUAGGUGGUAUCUAGGUGUACUGUAUGGUGCACAUUAAAGAAUAUUUACUUAAUGAAAGGUACCAAUACAUAAAAUGAAAAGAAGUAUUCGCAUUUCGAACAUAUUAUAUUACCUACUUACUAUUAAAAUUCUGGAAAAUAUUCCGGUGAUUAGGGUAAUCAAAUGAAAUUUUAUUAAACAUACAUACAUAAACAUGGUAGUAAUUACUGUAAUUAGGCUAUAAAAAAUCAUAUAGUACGACUUAUUUGCUUUAUAUACCUACAGUUAUUUACAAAUAUAAAUCGGUGUUACUCAAUGUGGCAAAAGUAGUAAGUAUAAUAAUAGAUUAAUGAAUGAAAUAACUAAAUGUAUCGAUACUGAGACUCGUCUAUCCCGCCUGUGGCUCGGCAUCCUAUUGGUAUUUUGCAUAGAGUACGCUGCGUCAGUAUUAUUUCGGUUUUCUCACAUACACGAUAUCUAAUAGGUACAUAGAUGAAUACGAAGAAAACAGGUACUUCCAGGGAUUCUAGGCAAUAUUUGCAUCGAAUAGUGACUAGGACUACGUUUACGUCAUGCAGUAGUUCGAUAUCACGUGUACCUUUAUAGUAUCCGUAAGUAUCGUUUGUAGGAAUAUUUUUAAUGACAUUACACAUAUUAUUAAACACGCAGCUAAUGCCUGUUUCUUUAUCCCAGAUAUUAAGGUUGGGCAAUAGAAUUGCCAUUAAUAUUAGGUAAGUAUUUGUAUUCAUUACACUUUGUAUCUCCUCCGUGACACUUCUAUCUAUUUACUCAUUCUCAUGUGUAAAUAUAUUAAUGACUGCGUUUCCUCUUUUCAUUGCAUUUGUGAAUACUGGCAUGUGUGAAUUUAUUAUAUCCGCCGCAACCAAAAGGUUGUCCGGCAGAAAUCGCUCUUUAGCGAUAAGACCGCCUCCUGGUUUUUAUCUCUUGUUACUGUUUUAUUUUUCUGUAUUAUUUUCUUCAACUGAGGAGUGCAAGUGCAAUAACUCAUUACUCGUAUUCGUCCCUAAACAAAUACUCCUAUUUGUAUUAUAGGUAUUUGGGAUAUUAAGAAACAGGAUUCUGGGUCCUCUCCACUCCAUCCCUCCGGCAUGGGCCUGGAUCGGCCUAAACUCGUUAUUUGGUGCCAUCGAUACUUACCUACUGUUUGGUUUUGAUAUAUUUAUUGUUUUAAUAUCUUUACAAAUAAAAAUAUAUUUAUACUGUAGAUAUAUAUUAUUGUAACCUAAAGGUGCGAAUUUGAUUCAAGUGUGUAAAUGUAAAUUACAGGUUUUUUUAAUCUUUAAGGGCUUUAUGUAUCUUCAUAUACAAUUAUGAAUACCAAAAGACACAUUUCAAUUUCAUACUUUAUCUUUAUGUAUAUUUUGUGUUGAAGAAUAGCAGCAUCAUAGGUAGACUAUUAGUGAAAUGAUUAAGUAAUAAGGAGCUAAUAACCAGCUUUCUUCCACUAAUAAUAGUAAUUAAAAAGCUUAUAAUUUGUCUGGAUAUCACACACCGACCCGACCCGAUAUUCUUUACAGGUGCAGUGCGAUAUUCUUUGAUUAUAUCCUUAUCGAAUUAAAAUAUACCUUCAUAUUGAUAAAAAUUCUGAAAUAUGACAUAUGAAAUAUACAAUUGAUGGAAAUGUAUUUAAGUAUCUAAUCGUUUUAUACCUACUCGUAAGGUAAAGUUAACAAAUAUAGGUACCUAUUGUCCGUUUUCAAAAUAUGUCAUACAUAUAUUAUGUCAAGCUGCACAAUUUUUUAUCUUGAAAUCUUGAUACUUCACUUCUAAAGUAAACUUUGUCUGGCAAAUAUGUAAGUUACUUUAAAUAUUUGGAAAACUGACCUUUCAUCAAAUUUUACAUUGAGUUACAGAGUACCACUACACUUACUUACUACGAUAGAACCUACUUAGUUCUUAUGAGUUAGUGACAUAAUUAAAAAAAAAGUUAUUACUCGCAUGGGAGUAAAAAAUACUUUACCUCCCGCUGCACCAGGGUGAAAUAGCACGCUUACCGAGCAAGUGUGUUGAAAAAUUACAAUUAAAAAUUUAAUUUCAAAUAAGAUUACACUUUCGGUGCCGGGCGUUUAUCUUCUUGUAAACUCGGUGCGGACUGCAAAGAAAAUAGUUGUGGAAUAUAAUGGAACCAAUAUAUUCUAUGGCUCUUUCCACACAGACCUUACUCCAACGGGGGAUAUGAAAUUAAGAAUUGUUUACGCACGAGUACAUCAAUGUCGUCGCACCAUCGUGUUUAUCGUUAAUAAAAACGCAUAUAGGUAGGUAUAUAUCCCUAAUUUAUAUAUAUGACGCAGAAUGUUAUUUAUAUGUAGGUAUCUUAUUACCUACUUUUGUUGUUUAUAUUAUUAAUUAGCAAAAAAUAAAACAUAUUUAUGAGUAAAAUCGCCAGGAUUCUAUCUGCGGGUCCAACAACUGUAAAUGAAACCUCCACUUUUAGAAAUGAAAUGUAAAAAAAGCACGAUAUGUGGUGCAUAUGCUACGAGAGUCAGAAGAUACCUAUUUGUAAUUGGGUAGUUGGGCUCGCAACCUGCAGCGAAUUAUUUUUCGAGUAAUUUAUUAUCUAAUUGUCAAUUUUAAUUGACUGAUUAACCAAAUCAUCUCACCGUGCCACAAUCAGAAAUCUUUGUCAUAGACGUAACUAAAGUAGCCAUUUAAUAUAUCCAUCGAUGUAAAUUUCCUAUACGUAUGUGUAUCUUUCUUUGUUUUUAUGGGUAACAUAUUAUAUAAUAAACGGUAUCAAAUAAGUA